AUUCAAGAAAGCAAUAAACCUUUUUUCAAAUAUUUCUCCUUCUUUUCAGUUUCUAACAAACCAAAACAGAGGAAAUGGAUAUAACCUCGACUUUGUUCGUCUUGCUCAGUAUUUUCUUGUUAUCAGCAGCACUGAUUUUGCCCUGGAGGCAAAGACGUUGCCACCAGAAUGGUUCCAGCCCACCAGGACCUCCAGGCUGGCCAUUCUUUGGUAAUAUCUUUGAUCUUGGAGCAACCCCACACCAAAUGCUGUAUGAGUUGAAACCCAAGUAUGGUCCUGUGCUUUGGUUAAAGCUCGGAUCAGUCAAUACUCUGGUGAUCCAGUCCGCCGAGGCAGCAGCCGAGCUCUUUAAGAAUCAUGACCAAGUAUUUUGCGAUCGCAGAAUUCCAGCCUCACUCACUGCUCAUAACUUCAACCAGGGGGGAAUUUCAUUAGGCAAAUAUAGCCGCCCAUACUGGCGCAUGCUCCGCCGUCUUUAUGCUACGGAGCUCAUGGUAAACAGGAGAAUCAACGACUUGGCUUCUGUCAGGCAGAAGUGCAUCAACAACAUGAUACGAUUCAUGGAGGAAGAUGCAGCGGUCAUGGAGUGGGGUGCCAUGCCUAAUGUUGUCGAUUUUUUUCCAGCGUUGAAAUGGCUAGAUCCACAAGGGAUCAAGAGAAACAUGGAGAAGGAGAUGGGACGUGCCCUCAAAAUAAUUUCCAAAUUUGUGAAGCAAAGGAUUGAGGAGAAGGAGCUAGGGAAGGAGAAGCAAACGAAGGACCUCCUAGAUGUUUUGUUGGAGCAUCAAAGUGACGGAAAGGAUGGGGAUGAUGAACUAAACGAACAGAAAGUCAUAAUUUUCAUACUCGAAAUGUUUUUUGCGGGUUCAGACACAAACAGUGCCACGAUUGAAUGGGCGAUGGCAGAGCUGCUACGGAAACCAGAUUCAAUGAGAAAGGCUAAAGAAGAGCUGGAUCGAGUUAUCGGCCCAAACAGGAAGGUUGAGGAGAGUGAUGUGGAAGAACUGCACUAUUUGCAAGCAGUGAUUAAGGAAACAUUGAGGUUACAUCCUCCAGUUCCUUUACUUCUCCCUCGAAAUUGCAUCGAAGACACCCACUUUAUGGGUUAUUUCAUACCCAAAGAUACACAACUUUGGGUGAAUGUGUGGGCAAUUGGAAGAGAUCUAGAUACUUGGGAAGAUCCCCUACUGUUCAAACCUGAGAGAUUUUUAGACUCGAAAAUAGACUACAAAGGGCAGAAUUUCGAGCUGAUCCCUUUCGGAUCGGGGAGACGAAUUUGUCCGGGUGUGGCUCUAGGUCACAGGGUGCUUCACCUUACGCUGGCCACUUUGCUACACUGUUUUGACUGGGAGCUUUCGAACAACACAACUUCAGGGCAAUUGGACAUGAGUGAGAAGACGGGGAUAGCAAUUCGGAAACACGUUCCAUUAAAGGCAAUUCCCAAAAAGCGUGUCAUGAAGUGUUUCUUGCAGGGUCUAAAACAAGCAGCGAUACCUUAUAGUGCGCGAUGGCAAAGCUGCUCUACAACCCAGAAAGCAAUUGGAAGAGAUCCAGAUGCUUGGGAGGAUCCCUCAAUAUUUGAGCCUGAGAGGUUGCUUCAUCUUGGUCUAGCUUCUCUACUGCACUACUUCGAUUUGGAGCUUCCGAUAAACACAACUCCAGCAGAUGUUGACAUGAAUGAGAGAAACGGAAUUGCAGUGCGAAAGCUUGUACCAUUGAAAGUGAUCCCCAAUAAGGAGGAGUUAUAGAGAAUAUUUAAACCAUGAUCUUAAUAUUAGAAUCAAGAGGAUCAAGAAAAAAAAAUGUACAAGAUUGUGCAAAUAAAGGGUUUUUAAUUCU